AUGUCUUCUACAUGGUCUGCCGGAGAUGUUACACUAGGGGGGAGUGCAAGCCGAGAGUUCGAUGACGCCGAAAAGGGUGUCUACGAAAAUAUGCAGCGACUACCCAUCCUCCCACCGAGGAUCACACCCACUGUAUCCAAUCCUAUGAUACCCCUCAAGCCAGAAGCGGCCUGUCCUCGCUCGCCACCAGCGGAGAAGCCGUCAGAGGAUAAGCCAGUACAGAAGAAACCACCUCCUCCAAAGCGGAAAGUCAGCCGAUGGAUCCUCUUCCAGCUCUGGUUCAAUACCUAUCGCAAGUUCUUCACAUUCGUAACCUUGCUCAACUUGGCCGGAAUCAUCAUGGCAGCACUCAAUCGGUUCCCGUAUGCCGAGAAACACCUCGGAGCCUUGGUCUUGGGCAACCUGCUUUGUGCCAUCUUGAUGCGCAAUGAGCUCUUCCUUCGGUUCCUCUACCUCAUUGCCAUUCACGGUUUGAGAGGUUGGGCACCUAUCAGCAUCAAGCUCGCCGUAACUUCGAUACUCCAGCAUGUUGGGGGUAUCCACUCUGGAUGUGCCCUAUCAGGAGCCGCAUGGCUUGUCUUCAAGAUCGUGGAUAUUAUUCGACAUCACAAGAUCCAACACGAUGCCGUCAUCGUGACGGGCAUUAUUACCAGCAUCCUCGUAAUUAUAUCCAUUAUUAGCGCCUUCCCUUGGGUCCGAAAUACCCACCACAACGUCUUCGAAAGGCACCACCGCUUCAUCGGAUGGCUUGGGCUCGCUGCUACUUGGAUCUUUGUUAUCCUCGGAAACACCUACGACAUCAAGACGAGGACUUGGCGCACAGAUGGUGACGCUCUUAUUAGUGCCCAAGAAUUCUGGUUUGCUCUCGGCAUGACUGUCUUUGUCUUGAUCCCUUGGGUUACCGUCCGCGAAGUACCAGUCGAUGUCGAAAUUCCUUCUCCCAAGGUCGCAGUGAUUCGAUUCCAUCGCGGAAUGCAACAAGGCUUGCUCGGCAGAAUCAGCCGAUCCUCUAUUAUGGAGUACCAUGCAUUUGGUAUCAUCAGUGAAGGCAAACGGUCUCGCUACCACUACAUGAUUUGCGGCGUCCAAGGCGAUUUCACAAAAGGUCUUGUCACGAACCCUCCUAAAACCUUGUGGACAAGAGAGCUUAAGUUUGCCGGCGUUGGGCACGCUUCCGCCAUGUUCAACCGCGGAAUUCAGCGACAAGUGGUUCCUUAUCUGGAUCGGCUCCGACCAGAGAAGACGUUCGGACCUACCAUUACCGGCCUCAUUCGCAAGCACAUUGAGCCCGAGCGCAUGAUUCUCUGGGAUUCAAAGAAGCGAGGAGGGCGCCCUGAUACAAUGCAGCUCCUCAAGGAUACCUGGAAAAGCUGGGGAGCCGAGGUCAUCUUCAUUACCUCGAACAUGCAAGGCAACGACGAGAUGAUGCAAGGCUGCCGAGAAGCUGGCAUGCAUGCGUUUGGCACGCUCUGGGACUUCUGA